AUGAAUGGAAUCGUGGCUGGUUGGUUUUUCUUAUGUUUUGUAUUACAAAACGAGGCAGGUAUGUUGUCAUUCCCUAUCCGUAAAUGAGACACUUUAAUGAUCCCCUCUGCUGGCAACAUAUAAUAUUUACAGAACGUGACCAAUGUUUACUAUAAAUUUUUUGCUUUAACAAGAAAAAGGUAAAGUUAAACUUGAUUACACCUUUUGGACUUUUUUUUCUUUCAGUUACUCUGUUUAGCGCCGUCAUUGCAGCGCCACUAUAAUAUUACGUUAUUUGUAAAUGCAAAGUGCUAAAUUCUAUUUGUUUUGCUCAUGGGUUUUGCACGGGUCAUAACCCCUAGAUUAUUAAGAAAUGGCUCUUCGAGAGUUGAGGGCCAACAAUGGAUGUAUAUGUAAAACUGGGGCCACGCUAGAACUGAUUUUCAAGGUAAAUCUGAAUAGCGUGUCAUUUAUUGUUCUGUUACAGACAAGCAAUCAACGAAGGUAAUCAGUAGCCGCCGGUUUUACUAUCAGUUUCAAACUUAUCGCAAGGCUGUAUCAACACCCAUAAACGAAGAAUUCGUGCUUAAAGAUCAUCCGCUAAAUAAUGUUCUUGCGAUUUCGACAAUUAAGAAAGGGAAGGUUUGUCGUAUCUGUUGACGCAAACAAGUCUUGACUAUCUACACACGAGCCUGCAUGCCUCGGCUUAAUUGCUGAAAUUUGUAACUUGGGUUUCCAUUUACAGUAUGCAGAAGAAACAACGAAAACUCUCCGUGCAUAAUUGCUCAGCAGGAAGAUUAUAGAGAAUCCGACAAAGCCAGACUAAGAGAAAAGGUAGAUGCGUUUCUCCAGAAAAAAUUCUUAUCUCAUAGGUGAGGACAGUGUUUUUAUUAUGUAUUAUCAUUUAUUCAAAAUAUUUUUUGGUUGCUGAUUCCCUGACUAAUACUUCAUAACCAGCUAGCAGCGUUUACCAAAUUUGGCGGACUAUUUGUAAAAAUGACGCCAGUUGUACAGAAUAUCGUUAAAAAAGGACGCCUCUGGGGACGAGGCUGAGGGCAGUUGCCCAACUGAGAUGAAGACAGUGGCGGAAACUUUCAUACUUUUUUCGAAGAAGCAAUGGCCGAACUUCUGCUAAAAUAUAACCCAAUGUAUAUUGCAAAAGAUCCAACUCAAUGGACACCAAUUGCUCUUUGAAGGAUAUCUGUUCAUAUCUGCAUUUGCCAAAAAAGAGGUAAAAAAUGAACACGCAUACGGUUACUUUACAUCAAUCUAGGCAAGCAUGUUCUCAAGUCUAAAAUAUUUUUAAUAAAUAUAAUAAAAUAAUUAUUGAAUCUAAAUUUUUGUAUGAAAUGAACAAGAAAGCAGAUCGCGGAGGUUGUAAUCCGCUUCGGCCAUUGAUCUGUCCAAUUCUCCAUAUCAUACUUAGUGUCAUCCUAUAUAUUAAAAUUGCUGAACACUGUGUGAUAACUGUUUUCCUGAGUAACUUUGUAAGUGAAAGUCCUUAUCUUAUUAAGACUGAGCAACUUCAGCCACUUGGCAAACAACUCACCAACGUUGGAAUUGUUUCCUUUUGUCUAUAUAACAAACAGAUUCCAUGUUGCAGUGAGUCUGUUCAGUAAUAGAUUACAGACGACUUCAAAAUGUGAAAACAAAGAAGUGGUACAUUCGCCUGUGGCUCGUGUGACGUCCUCCGUGAUCUAUUACUGAACAGACCCACAGCAACAUGGAAUCUAUUUGUUUUAUACAAUGAUCAGAAAUGAAAAGAGACCGAUACACAUACUUGCCUGGUACCGCUUGACUGUUCGAGGACUUGUGCUGGUUUAGGUUUUUUUUUAAGUCCCAAGCGUUAAUUUUUGUCUCUACUUCUUCUUUUUUUCUUUAUCUUACUUGUAUACAGUUUCUUCGAAACGUUUUCAACAUCUUUUCUUGUUCAAAGCAGAAAAAGAAAAUAAAAAGGAAAAUAACCUGUGCUCUUUUGUUCCCUAAAAAUCAUCGUACCAUUGUCGUUCCCGUCUCCGUUGUGGUUUCUUAAAAUCCAUAGCAUUAAAGAAUAAAAAAAUCAAAAGUUGAUGGUAUUCACAUUUUCUUGCAGGAAAAAACUUGAUUACUCGAAGUUACAGAACUUAAAGCAACGACGAUCGCUGAAUUCUUCCUCUGAGUCUGCCUGUUGCAGCUCUAGAAAGUCAGUUUGGAAGAAAGAUGUUACGGUAAUAAACCGUCAAAAGAUCCACUUUUCAAAAAAGAUAAUAGUUGGUGAACCGUUUCGAAAACUGUUAAGAGCGUUAUAUCGAGACCAUCCCAAGGAGGCUGAAGUAAUAGACGGGAAAUUUAAUCUUUCAAAGAAAAAAGCCCAGGAUGGGGACGACAAAGUCAGCAUAUAUAACAUAGAGGGAAAAACAGACGCUGAGAAAAACAGAACAAUUACUGAACUUCGCAAAGCAAUACUCAAACUUUUGGAUAAUUUGCGGAAAAGGGCUAAAUUUCCAAGAGGUACCAAGAACAUAAAGCAUGAAAAACGUAAGGAAAAUAUACAAAAAGCCGAACACAAAUUACCUGAAGUUAACAAUUUCAGAACACCUGUUGAACCAAAAGACACAGCCACGGCAUCCAAUGUAGAUGAAAACAUUUCGGCUAAACGAGCAAACCAAAUAGAUUUGCUUAACUUCAUCGAGCGCAUGAAAAGCGUAGAGGGUGUACAGGAUGAUGAAUCUAACAAGUUGCAAAUGUUUAAAAGUAUGAAUGGGAUGGAUAUGAAUGGAUUUAACGGAAUAACUAAUCCAACAGACAUGAUGUCACCUAGUUCAAAUUUAAUGGCAGGAUUGUACAGCCAGGAUGAAAAUAAUUAUUUCCCUGGGAAUGGGUUUCGAGGAAUGAACGUAGAGGAGCAGAGAAAACGUAUUGAAGAUCAGAUGGAGAAUAAUCUUGCUCAACUUCAAAUGAAGUUUAAACUUCUUCAACAACAGCAAGAAGAAGCUCCAGUGCAAAACCUACACAACGAUCAAAUGGCUGCGGGCUUACAGUAUGCCGCUGCUCCCUAUCCAACCGGGGUAUUUUCGUCUGACGGAUUGAAGGAAACAGCAAUGUUAAACCAAGCACAAACUCUAAGUGAUCUUAAUCCUUAUUUCCCUAUGAACAGGCCCCUCCCGAGGUUCACAAAUCUUAUACCAUUUUUUACGCCAAGGAAUCUACGAUCUAGAUCCCCACUGUCAACUUAUAACGAGGAUGUAAGAAAUAUUCCUGACGAUUAUGGGGAAGAUGAUGAUAGUGAUGAGGAGGAUUAUGGACGUGAUAUACCACCGUCACAUUAUCCUGAAGAUGAGGAAGCCGAUGAUGAGGAUGACGAAGAAGGACCGCAUUACGGCCCUGAAGAUAGAAGAUAA